CAACAACGCUGCUCAUCCACUCCCAUCCCUCCCGUCUCACUCCGGCUGUUCUCCUCCUUUUCUCCAGAAGGAGCAGCAGGGGUGAAUCCAGAAAUCACUCACGCCCAGGGCUGGAUCUUCUCAUCCUGCCUUAAUUACUCCACUCUACAUUUAUUUCUUUAUGAAUCAUCUUUUUUCUUAUUUUCCAAGGAUUAAAAACUGGGCUCUUGGGCAUAGGCCCCCGGCUGCAGCCCGAGUUGCCCGAGGUGUAAAUCGGGCUGUGAGCAGUAGCAUGGAGAACACGGCACAACGCUCAGGCAACGAGCCAAGUAAGCUACCGUACGAGUUCAUAAAACUGAUUACAAAGGAUUUCAGCGAGGAGCUUGGGCAUGGUACAUUCGGAAUAGUUUAUAAGGGCGUGUAUGAAGAUGGUGGAGAGAUUGCCGUGAAGGUAUUACGCAACAUUUCUGGAGGACUGGAUGAUGUGGAAUUUCAGAAAGAAUUUGACAAUCUUAGGGGGCUCAAGCAUCCAAAUAUUGUAGAGUUAGUGGCCUUCUGCAAUGAAAUAGUGGAAGAACCUGCAGAGUUUCAAGGACAACAAAUUACUGCCGGACGUGUGCGUACCGCACUCUGCUUCGAGUAUGUACACAAUGGUGGCCUAAACAAGUUUAUUAGUGACCAAUACACAGGACUUGGCUGGUCUGAGCGCUACAAAAUAAUCAGAGGUGUUUGUGAGGGUCUAGCAUAUCUUCGCUUGGAAAUAGAGAAUCCAAUAAUGCAUCUGGACUUGAAACCUGAGAAUAUAUUGCUAAAUAAGAAUAUGGUAGCGAAAAUCGCAGAUUUUGGAAUAUCAAAGCUCUUCGGUGAAGAGAACACAAAAAAGACAAUGAGUGUCAUAGGUACAAUGGGAUAUUGGCCACCAGAAUACAUAAAGCAUCAAAUAAUAUCAAAAGAGUUUGACAUAUUUAGUUUGGGUGUAAUCAUUGUAAAAAUAAUGGUCGGACAGGAGAACUACAAUUAUAUUGUCGAGACUCCAGCCCGGAAAUCUAUCAAGUUUGUACAUGAAAGUUGGAAAAAUAGGCUAAGUAAAACGAUAUCGGGUCACAAACUUGAAGCAUAUUGCAAUCAGGUGAAAAGAUGCAUUAAGAUAGCACUAGAUUGCUUGAAGUCAAACCGACAAGAAAGGCCUACUAUAAAACAUAUUGUUGCCUGUUUGAAAGAGAAGGACACAAUGUUCUAUGAAGAUGAUGGAGAUUCGUCCACUCUUCCUUCAGAUAUCAACGAUAUCACCAUUAACUCUACACCUUGUUCAGCUUUGGAGUUGGUGGAGCACAACACUCUCGCCAUCAUGGAUACCGUGCAUACUCUGAACGAAACAGAAACCAGUUUCUUCCCGCAAUCAGAAAAUGGGUCAGACUUGAAGCUCCUUGAUUCAGAAGAUACGGAGCUGCUUCACGUCCAACCCCGGGAGCUCUGCUUCCCAUUCAUGUCAUCGUUGGAAGUACUACCAAGAAAGAAGGCCAUGAUCUCCUGCUCGCUGCAACUAAACAACAAGGAAAACGACCGUGUCGCGUUCAUGCUUGUGGCUAAGACUCCCAAGAGAUACUUGACAAGGAAGCCGCUCUGCGGCAUUGUGCCUCCAAGGUGCGUCUACACUCUCAGUCUCACAAUGCCCAAGCAGCCACCGGUGACAUCAUCAUCAGACAGCGGCGGUGACUACUUUACACUGUACACCACCUUAAUGAGCCAAUACGACCUCCGUGAUCACGACAAAGAUUCCAUCUCCGUCAAGUACCACAAGCUCUUUGAGAAGGCCAAGCUGGCCGGCGAAGAGGUGCACGAGCUGAAGUUGAGGGCUAUUUGUGAUCAACCAGCUCAAGGGGCGUCGUCGUCUGAUCAGAUCAUAAUCGUGCCUGAUGCUCAGCAAGUUUCGUCCAUAGAUGUGCAUCCGACGGAGCCAUGGAUUUUGACGACAAAUCACGUAGGGAUCAUUCGUGUUUGGAACUACCACACAAUGGAAACGCUGGACUCCUUUAAAUUAGUGAUAUAUGAACCAGUUUGUGCGGCAAAAUUUAUAGCAAGGGAGAAAUGGAUCAUCACGGGUGAUGGCAAUGGGGUGAUCCAUGUGUACAGUUACGACCAAAACCAACAUGACAAGACCUUGGAUGCUCAAGAUAGUUGCAUCACAACUUUGGUUGUGCAUCCAACGCAACCUUUUGUGCUGUCAUUAUCUGAUGAUGAAGAUGACCCAUUGAUCAAGCUUUGGGACUGGGACAGGGGCUGGGCAUGUACUCGAGAAUUUCGGGGACACACUAACAAAGUGAUGCAAGUAACGUUUAACCCAGAGAACAAGGACUGUUUUGCUAGUGCUUCCUGUGAUGGCACGGUCAAGAUCUGGAGCAUCUGUUCCGAUAACAUCACCACACUGAAAUUGGGUGGUCAAAGCCUGCUCUGUGUUGAUUACUUUACACGCCGUAAUCAACAAUAUCUGAUCGUGGGCUGUCAAGACAAGACUGCACAGAUCUGGAAAUUGGAGAUGAAUGGAUGUUUUGAAAAGCUAGAAGGGCAUGCAGGCCAUAUCAGUGCCGUCAGUUUGCACCCGGAGCAUCGGUUGUUACUUACAGGUUCACUUGACGGUACCGUACGCGUAUGGAACUCCAUUACCUACAAGCUUGAGAACAUAAUUGGUUUCAACCUCGGUGCAGUUUAUGCUUUUGGAUGCAUAAAGGGCUCAAGGAUGGUGGUUGGGUGUCAUGAAGGAAUAGCAAUGGUGAAAAUUUCUUUGCCUUGAACAUCAAGGUGUUAGAAGAGAGCACUAGUACAACGAAGAAAUAUUAUGAACAUAAUAAAUGCAUUUGUUGGUUCAAUAGAUAGACAACUGAACUUCAUAAAUUUCAUUUGGCACCAGCUACCAAGAACUUUCCAAAAGAUACAUGUAUUAUUUUCUUCCACAAGAUUGAUGUAUUUAAUUAUGCCAAA